AUGGAGUUUCCCAAAUUCGAUGGAUCUAACCCCCGUUGGUGGCGUGAUCAAUGUGAAAUUUAUUUUGAGGUCUAUCCUGUGCACGCGACGAUGAAGACACGCUUCACCACGCUGAACUUCAAGAAGCCUGCGGCGACUUGGUUGCAGACCGUGCAGAGGCAUGGGCGGAUUGUCGAGUGGGAGCGGCUGCGCGAGUUGGUGAUGGCGAAAUUUGAGAAGGAUCAGUACGAGGUGCUUCUACGGCAAUUCGGCGCCCUGAAGCUGACUGCCUCGGUGCUGGAGUACUAG